CUGAUUCCGACUGAGAGUGGGAACUCUAGUUCGCGGCGCCGGUUGCAGGGGGGAAGCAGCGGACACACGGACGGAGAGGAGCAGGACCAUUGGCAGCGGCGUCCAUGAGGAGCGUGAUUUGACAUCCUGUCAUGCUGAACCAGGCACAAGGAAUGCAUGGAUUCAAUUACAUUCAGGAGUGACAUAGUGCUUUCUGAUGUCCAUAUAUACACCCCAAACAGUAGCCACUUGAUGGUGAGACUAAAUGGAGAUGGACAACCAGUUUUUGUGUCAAAGUUCAAAAUCCUACAUACUGUUAAUGCAUACAGCAAAGGUGAUUUGGAGCACUUAAGCAAUGAAAAAACCAGAGAUGAUGAUUUAAUUAGCAGUGCUGAUGUCAGUGAAAAGAAAGUUGACAAGAGAAUGGAGGAAACAUACACUGACAUCCUGCUCGAUGAUGAUGGUGAUCUGGAUGUUACUCGAAGAUCUGAUGGUGUUCUUCAUUCUGAUGAAAAUGAUCAAUGGAGAGAGAAAGUAUAUCCCACAAUAAUAAGUAAAGGGGAAGAAUUUUUCAGUGAGGAGUAUGAGGAGGAUUGCACUAUUUGCAAUGAGAUCAGAAUAGAACAUACAAUGGGUACUGCACUGGAGGAUGUUGGAAAGCAGGUAUGGCGUGGUGCUUUCCUUCUUGCUGAUUACAUUUUAAACAAUAGCUACCUAUUCAGAGACUGCACAGUUCUGGAGUUAGGAGCAGGCACAGGAAUGACCAGCAUUGUCAUGGCAACUGUUGCAAAGACCAUUUAUUGCACAGAUGUUGGUGAAGAUCUGCUGAAUAUGUGUGAACGAAAUAUAAUUGCAAACAAGCAUAUUUAUGGGACAACAGGAAGUGAAAUAAAAGUAAGAGAACUAGACUGGCUGAAAAGUGAAUUAUGCAUAGAUACUAAAAAUCCAUACUGUUGGUCAGAAGAAGAAACAGCUCAGUUGUAUGAUCAGACAGAUGUGCUUCUUGCUGCUGAUGUAUUCUAUGAUGAUGAUUUGACAGAUGCAUUUUUUCAAACAAUCUACAGAAUUUUGAGCAAUUUCAGAAAUCCAAGCACUGUAUAUCUCUCUGUGGAGAAAAGACUAAACUUUACAUUGAGAAAAAUGGAUGUUACAUGUGAUGCAUAUGAUCAUUUCCGAUUCUGUUUGGCUGAGUUGGAAAACUUGAGUGAUGGAAAAACUAAAUUUGCUGUGGAACCGGUCAAACUUACUUUUCCACAGUUCCUUUUUUAUGAGCGAGUGGAACAAUUGGAACUGUGGAAAAUAAUUGUUGAGCCACUUAUCAGCAACACACAGCAAUGAAAAGGCUAUUCUAAUUGAAAAUGCAUGCAAGCACUGAUGUUUAUUGCUGUAGUUCCUUUGAAACUUUAGCAGAAGAAAGAAACGAGGCUAAAUUUUUAUAUAGUAAGCUACUGUAACUGGUUUACAUUAUUCAAUAUUAUAUUUAUAACUGCAGCAUGGAAAUUAUAUGGUGUACAAUCACUUAAUAUGUUUGAAUUGCAUUAUCUUUGGAUUUAAUACAUGGUGAAUUUUGCAAUGAAUAAGUCAAUACCUCAUUAAAAUAAUAUGAUGAAGAACUUGAUACUUUAAAAGUACAAAAGAUUACAUACAAUUUUUACCAAAUAAUUUAAUAGUUAUUCUCCUGUUAUUGUAAGAGGACUGCCAUUUUCAAAAUAACAGAGAGGAAUUUGACAAAAGAAUGACGUUAUGAUAUUUCCAUGGUAAAAUCUUUCCAAAUAAAAUGCACCUUUCAUUUAUCCUCACAGUUCCCAGCCUAAAAUAAAACAGAUCUAAACAGAUGUAUUUUCCUUAAAAAGGAAUGGAGGGCUUUUUUUUCAGACAAAAUGAAUUCCAAUUGCUAGUAAGUUACAUAUUGACUCAGAGUAAUCUUAGAAUCUUAUUCCAUGGAAGGUGGCCAUUAAAUCCAUUGUGCCUUUCUCAUCACUUUGAAAGAGCUAUUUCUUUAUUCCCUCAAUGCUGCUUUUUGCCUAUGGUGCUGUGAUUUAUCCUUUUCAAGUUUAUAUGCAAUUCCUGUUUAUUAGAUCUUCUUAAAACAUUCUCUGCUCUAAAGAAAAUAAUCCUUGUUUUUCCAGUCAUUUCAUACAGCUAAAAUUCCUCACCCUUGGUACAUUUCUAGUAAAUUUUAUCUGCACCCUCUCCAAAGCCUUGAUGUCCUAAUUCAGUUGCAGUUAAACAUUUAACUAUUAUUUGCAAGCUAAGUGUAAUUUAUUGUGAUUGAGUUUAUGUGAAACUGGUCUCUA